CUUCCGGCAAUAAAGCCUGACGCUCCGCCGUCAGGUGCGGGCUGAGGGCUUCUGAGCGCCAGGUGGGGCCGGGAUCGUCGGCGCGCUAGGUCGGCCCCCUUGCCCACCGCCCCUCGCCCUCCGUCUCCGGGAUCCCAGUCCCUCGGCCCGGCGUCUUGUGAGUCCGCCCUCCGGCUCCGCCCUCCCCAGGCCAGACCCGUCCUCCCGGCGUCAGUCGUCUGCCCUCACUGGGCUCCGGCCCCUCUGCGGUUGCCUUCCUUGUUUUUCUUGAGCUGACGCCUCUGCAUUUUGCAUCCUUCUCUUCGCGGCGAACUAUGCCAUUUUUGGGCCAGGACUGGAGAUCUCCUGGAUGGAGUUGGAUCAAAACAGAAGACGGCUGGAAAAGAUGUGAUGCAUGGAGCCAGGAACUUGAGGGAGAGAACAGCCAGUGUGACAUUGGCCACGGCAUUAUCUUAAAUAGUGAAGAUGAAGAAAUAUUCAGUAAUGAAGAGCACGAAUAUGCAUCCAAAAAAAGGAAAAAGGACCAUUUUAGAAAUGACACAAAUACUCAGUGUUUUUAUCGUGAAAACUGGAUCUAUGUCCACAAAGAAAGCACAAGAGAAAGACACGGCUACUGUACUUUGGGAGAAGCUUUUAAUCGCUUAGACUUCUCGAGUGCGAUCCAGGACAUCCGAAGGUUCAAUUACGUGGUCAGGCUGUUGCAGCUGAUUGCAAAGUCCCAGCUGACCUCGCUGAGUGGUGUGGCCCAGAAGAAUUACUUCAACAUCUUGGAUAAGAUCGUUCAGAAGGUUCUUGGUGACCACCAAAACCCUCGCCUGAUCAAGGAUCUUCUCCAAGACCUCAGCUCCACCCUGUGCAUUCUGAUCCGAGGAGUGGGGAAGUCCGUGCUGGUGGGAAACAUCAACAUCUGGAUUUGCCGAUUAGAGACUGUUCUCCGCUGGCAGCAGCAGCUGCAGAAUCUUCAGAUGACUGAGCAGGUGGACAGCGGCCUGACGCUCAGCGACCUCCCUGUGCACAUGCUCAGCAACAUCCUGCACAGGUUCUCGGACGGGUGGGACAUCGUCACCCUGGGCCAGGUGACCCCGACACUGUUCGCCCUCAGCGAGGACCGGCAGCUGUGGAAGAAGCUCUGCCAGUACCACUUUGGGGAGAAGCAGUUUUGUAGACACUUGAUCCUUUCAGAAAAAGGUCACGUGGAGUGGAAGCUGAUGUAUUUUGCGCUUCAGAAGCACUACCCCACCAAGGAGCAGUACGGAGACACCCUGCACUUCUGCCGGCACUGCAGCAUCCUCUUCUGGAAGGACUGCCGCCUUGCUUUAUUACUCGAGGACUCAGGCCACCCCUGCACGGCCGCCGACCCGGACAGCUGCUUCACACCUGUGUCCCCGCAGCACUUCAUCGACCUUUUCAAGUACUGAGGGCCUGGCCGGGCCCACCGUGACCUGGAGCCUGCAUUGGAGAGAACGUGAAAGGGCCUGUGGGCAGGGGCGCCUAUGGUUUCCACCUCUGAAACCAGGUCAGGGAACCCCGGCAAGAUCAUUUCUGCUUCUCUCUUUAAAAAAUUCUUCUAAGCACAUUAAAAUUUGGAACUUUGUGUAUUUGUAAAUAUGGUUCAAAAAGUGUGUUUUCAGCACUACAUCCUGUGCUGAACUGACACUAACAGCCAAGAAGACUAUGCCUCUUAACUCAAAUGAUGGUUUCCCGAUUUUGUAGUGAUUGGGGUGAGGGUAGAUCACUGAUCCUUGUAAUGACAUUGUACAGAAUAUUUAUUUUUCUUAAGAUGUAUAUUAACUGUAUUGGUUGUGUCUGCACGAGUCUUCUGAGAUAUAGAAGGAUCCAGGGAAGUAUGUGCCUGUCUCCUGGAUGCUCAGCAGUGGGUUGUGAAUUGUGCAGAUGGCUGAGACCCACGAGGGCGAGUCUGGGGCUGUGGUCCUGGGCCUCAUGCCCAACGCUGACUGGCAGGGCCCUGACCUGGGGGAAGCCUGGUGUGGCCUGUACCACACUGCUUGGAAUCCUCUUCUAGCAGAAUAAUAAAUCAUGUUUGUCUACCUA